AUGUCCUGUUUUCUUUGUUGUGGUCCCACAGAUCACUUUUUCCAACAAGGCUGGGUGUAUAUCCGUCCCAGUUUCUAUUACAUUUCUUCUGUCAGGAAAACGUGGCUGGAAAGCAGAGCUGACUGUCUGCAGAGAGGUGCGGACCUCGUGAUCAUCAACAGCAAAGCAGAGCAGGAUUUCAUGACAAAAUUCAACAGACUCACAUGGAUUGGACUGACGGACGUAAAAACCGAAGAUACUUGGAAGUGGGUGGAUGGCACUCCACUCAACAAAAGCUACUGGGGACCCGGGGAGCCGAACAGCUUUGAAGGCAAUGUGGAGGACUGUGUAGAAAUAAGGUUUUUUGACCUGGAGAACAGCUGGAAUGAUAUUCAAUGUGGAGAUCAAAACUUCUGGAUCUGUGAAAAGAUGUUAGCUAUAUAACGCAACAUAAUAAUGAAAUAAACUCCACUUCAAAAACAGACAAGGAGGCACAUGCGCAGAUACAGAUAGAGAAGCAAACCAGAUUUAAAGUCUUUAGGAAUAUCUGAUUUGUGGCUUUGUUUAAUAAGGAAGGAAAUGUUUUGAGCGCGUUUGACCUCAACAGCACUCUCAGUGCAUGUAAAUGUCUGUUUGUUUAAAAUACAUUUAUUACACUGGCUUAUUUGUAUUUAUACCAUUACUGAAAGUGAAAGCAAUGGAAUAACCUAAGCUGUUUGAAUUAAGAUCAUUCCUAUUGAACUAGAUGUAUGUUUAAAGUCUUGUUUCUGCAGAUGCUCUAAACCCCAUCUGAUAAUUCAAUGGAUGGUUGCCAAUAUUUACAAAUAAUCAUGUGAUAAUAAUUGAAAUGUGUGUAAUGAUUGCUUGGCAUUAUGUCUGGGAAGGAGAAUAAAACUAAUAGAGUUUUACCUAUUCUCUGGCACAAUAAAUUAAUCAAUUAAAUGUUAAAAUGUCAAGUAUUCGGUAUUGCAUUAAACAACAGUUUACUGUA